AUGAAUUCAUUGUCAAAUUCAUUGAAUGCAACUCAAACAGUUAUAAGCUCCUCUAGUUCCUCAUUACCAUCAACUGUAUCUGCAUCUGAUACACCUAUCACUCAGUUCACACCUUCGACUACAGAUAUUAAUCAAGAAAUGUUGAGCAAAAUUUGGGUCCCUGAUAUUAAUUACAAUUUUCCUAUCAAAAUAUCAGUAGUCGGUAAACAACAAAAAGUUUUAAAGUUGAAAUUUCAAUAUAAAUGGCUUAUUAGCUUUCCCUGGUUGGCUUAUUCAGAAGUAAACAGUAGUGUGUUUUGCAAAUAUUGUGUUGCUUUUACUAAAACUGAAGCCGGUGUUAAUAACCAAAAAUUGGGAGCAUUUGUAUUAAUAAAAUAUGAUGAUUGGAAACAUGCAUUGGAAAACUUUAAAAAUCAUUCGAAUUUAGAAUAUCACAAAAAGAGUUUAUUAGAUGCCGAUAAUUUCUUAAACAUGCUUAAAAAUCCAACAAGGGCAGUUAUUUUGUGCAGCCGUCAAAACUUGGCAUUAAGAGGACACCGUGGUUCAGGAAAAAUUGAAAGCAAUGAAUCAAAAGUUAUGAAUGAAGGUAAUUUCAGAGAAAUUUUACGAUACCGAGCUCAAGGAGAUAUUGAAAUGAAAACCUAUUUGGAAAGCUUGGGAAAGAUGAAAUAUACUAGUCAUAGAAGUCAAAAUAAUAUGAUUGAUGCUUGUAACAAAAUUUUAUUGGACAAAGUUGUUUCUAGAGUAAAUACAGCAAAAUGUUUUUCAAUUCUUGCUGAUGAAACUGUGGAUAUUUCAGGAGUGGAACAGGUAUCGCUAUGUGUUAGAUAUUUCAAUUCUAAUACAUUAAAACUUACUGAAGAAUUUUUACAAUUUGUACCAACUAAUAAUAUGACUGGUAAAGGAAUAGCAAAUUUAAUCCUAGAAAAUCUUGAACAAUUUGGUAUCAAUACGCAAUAUUUACAUGGGCAAGGAUAUGACGGGGCAGCUGCAAUGGCCGGAAAAUUUAAUGGUGUCCAGGCUCACAUUAAAGAAAUUCACCCAAAUGCUCUAUAUGUUCAUUGUUCAGCCCAUUCGUUAAAUUUAGCUGUUUCUAAAUCCUGUAGUGUACCAGCCAUACGCGAUUGUCUUGGGACAAUAAGUCAAAUCAGAGAUUUUUUUAUUUAUCCAAAGCGGAAGUCUGUUCUUAUUCAUAAAAUAGAAAAGUCGUCCGAAACACCAUCAAAAAAAACGCUUAAAAGAAGUUGCGAGACUCGUUGGAUUGAGAGAUACCAUGCCGUUCAUGACUUUUUCGAACUUUUUGAGUAUGUUGAAGAAGCUUUGGAAGAUAUUUCUGAAUGGAAUGACAAUGAUACAUCUGAAAAAUCUUAUCAAAAGUUCUCCAGCAAACAAGCAUAG